GAAAGAACCAACCGGAGCUGGAACAGGCUAGGACCAGACGCACGCGGCGACGUCGUCGGCCGGCGUCACGCGAGGAUAUCGAUUAUCCUAUAUUUUCUAUGGAAGAAUCUGGUAUAGGCGCGUAUGAGCAGGCGUCGUUCCGCUCAUAUUUUGGCCUUUCCCGGCAGCGCACGCCAUGUGGUGGGACAUGUCGGCCAUUCGUCACGGAGCCAAUCGCUAAUUUGCACCCGGCUACAGAAGCACGAUGGCGGCCGAAGCUGUCGACGAAGCGAUCCUGCAUCGCCGCGCGCGCAAGCGCAAGAACUCGCGCGCGUGGCGCAUCAAGCACAAGGACGCGGUGCAGUCGCUGCGCCAGACCGCCGACCUCCUCGAGCGGCAGGUCGCCGACUUGCGCAUGGUGGCGACAACGAGCAACGCAUCAAGCCUCGCACAGCGCUACGAGUCCCUCGUCAAGGUCAAGCACGGGCUCAUCCAGCAGAACGCAUUGCUACAGCAAGCCAUCGAGCGCCGAAGCGCCCUCUACACACGCCACAUCACGGCCCUUAUGGAAAUGGAAGUCGACAACUCGCGCAUCUACGACGACCUCUUCCUGUACACAGUGCUGCAGGCCACGCAGCGCGACGUCGACAGCAACAUACCAAGUGCCUUUGGGCACUCGCCGACACCGCCGCAGGUCGUGCGUGGCUGGCUCGCCAACAUGGGCCAAGUCGAUCAAAACACGUACUACGACGUCCGCAAAGUGCUCGGUGCGAGCGCCAUGACGAGUCUCCGCGACGUCGGCGACUACCACUGGCGCGUCCGGAACGACAAGGCGGCGUACAUGCGUCUCCAGAACAUUGCGCAGGAUUUCCAGAUCUUGCGCCAGUCCGAGUCGCUCAGCGUCUCUCGGAGCGUGUUGCAGAUCGGACCCAACCUCGUCGUGCGCAUCAUGGUGCAGUAUCAAGUGCAGCUUUCGAACGGCUUUGACUAUUGCUUUAUCAACCUGACGCCCGACCUCAACUCGCUCACGACCACGAUGCGGGUGCGGCUUGAGAUUGUCGACGGCCAUGUGGUCGUCUCGGCGACGGGCAAAGCCCAAGGCCCGUACGGCCCCGCACCUGAGUAUACCAUGUCGUACGUCAUUUCGGAGAUGCUUCACUGGGAGGAUCUCUUGCGGUCCUCCGGCUCGGUCAUCUGGCACGACGACGUCAAGCUCGAGGCGCCGUAGGCAGCAUUAUCUAACGUUAUUUCAAUCACCUCCUUGUUGUCGUUCCGAGUAAUCGCAUCA